UCGCAUAAAUUUCGUUAAGAUUCCGUUGAUACAAGGCAUUGUUAGUUCUUCUCAACAACACAAAAAUUCCCGGGCUUCCCAAUCGUCGACAAGAUGAGCACGGUUGUUUUGUACUCGUAUUUUCGCAGUUCGUGUUCGUGGAGAGUACGUAUAGCUCUUGAGUUGAAAGAAAUUGAAUAUGAAUACAAAGCUGUGCACUUGGUAAAGGGCGGUGGACAGCAGAAUGCUGAUGACUAUAAAGUCCUAAAUCCUAUGGCACAAGUUCCCUCACUGACUAUUGGAGACAAAGUUUUGACACAGUCGGUUGCAAUUAUGGAAUACUUAGAAGAGUCAUACCCCUCCAGGCCAUUGUUACCACAAGACACUUUCCAGCGUUUCAAAGUGAGGGAGAUAUGUGAGAUCAUUGGUUCUGGAAUCCAGCCCUUACAGAAUUUGUCAGUGCUUAAACAGUUUGAAGAAUCAAAACAAAAAGAUUGGGCUUCAAAAUGGAUUGUAAAAGGUCUUAUUGCUUUGGAAAAAGUACUAGAAGGUAGCAGUGGAAAGUACUGUGUUGGAGAUGACAUCACGCUUGCUGAUUGUUGUCUCGUUCCACAGUUGUACAACGCAAGAAGAUUUGAAGUGAACGUAGAACAGUUUGCCAAUGUUGCUCGGGUGGAAAAAAAUCUUGAAAUUCUUGAACCUUUUAUCAAGGCCCAUCCCAACCGGCAACCUGAUUGUCCGCCUGAACUUGCAGCGUGAAAUGAACGAAUAUGCUAGUUGCAUUUUGUAGUCGGGAACGUAUUUAAUUCCAUAGCAUAAUUAUUAUGAUAUUAUAAUCGUUUCAAAAUUUGAUUAUUUUGUGGGAAAUGAAAUAUCGAUAUUACUUGAAUG